GAGCUGACCUUGGCUGGGCAGAAAGGAAAUUUUAUAGAUAAGAAUUAAUAAACAACCUCAAGACCGAAAGGUGAAGAGUCCAGACCCGUUCUCCAGCCGCAAGCAGAGACACCCUGCACAUCUGGGGCAGAAGAUAUCAACCAAAAGGCGAGAAAUUCCGAAUUUUGUUUUUCGCGCGUUCCAGGCGGCGCCGCGGCGCCCCCCAGCGGCUCGGAGGCCCCGGGAGCGGCGCCCGUUGCCGCGGUAACGGCGGCGCUGCCGUAAAGCAAAACCGGCACUGGUGGGAGCGGACCGGGACGGAACCGGCACUGGUGGAACCGAACCGGCACCGAACCGGGACCGAACCGUGACCAACCCGGGCUGGUGAGAGCGGACCGGGACGGAACCAACCGUGGUGGGACCGGACCGGGACCGAACCGUGACCAACGCGGACUGCCGGGACCGAACCGGGACCAAACCACGAGUGGUGGGACCGAACUGAACCGAACCGGGACCGAACCGGGACCGCUGGGACCAAACUGUGGCCGGUGAGACCGAACCGGGACAGAACCGUGCCCGGUGGGACAUAACCGGUACCAAACGGUGCCCGGCGGUACCGAACGGUGCCCGGUGGGCCAUAACCGGUACCGAGCCCGGUACCGUCGGGCCGCUCGGGCGCGCAUGGACCCCGACGCGGUGGUGCAGUGCCCGUACGACCGGAGCCACCAGGUGCGCGAGUCCCGCCUGCCCUAUCACCUGGUGCGCUGCCAGCAGAACAACCCGCAGGUGUCGCGCACCUUGGCCACGUGUCCCUUCAACGCGCGCCACCGCGUCCCGCGCGCGAUCCUGCGCGCCCACGUGGCCUCGUGCCCCGACAAACUGCCGCUGGAGCUGCCCCCAGACCCCGAGGAGGACAUGGCCAAGACUGCCCACACCUGGCAGCCGCCCCCGUGCCAGGAGGACUGGGACGCAGAGCUGAGCGAGCUGGAGCUGGGGGAGCCGCCCCCGUUCAUCCUCCAGGUCACCAAGGGGGACCUGCCCGUCCCCUGCCACAGCCCCGACCCCGCCGCCCCCCCGGAGGGGCUGGCGCUGAGGAAGCCGCGGCCGGCGACAGCGGCACCGCGCUUGGCGACAGCGGCACCGCGCUUGGCGACAGCGGCACCGCGCUUGGCGACAGCGGGACCGCGCCUGGGGACAGCGGGGCCCCGCUCGGGGCAGGGGCGGCCCCGGCCGGGGACGGCGGGGGGAAACCGGGGGGUCGCGGGGCCCGGGGGGGCCCGCCCGGCUGUCAAAUAUUUCCGGAAAUAA